AUGGAUCAAAAAUUUGUUUCCUCAACGGAAAUAGAAGAAGCCAGAAAAAAGCGUGCUGAAGAAUGGAAGGCUGCUUAUGAAAGACUGGGAGAAAAACCACCAGAAAUAGAAGAGGAAUAUGAUCCUCGUACUUUAUACGAGAAAUUACAAGAACAAAAAAUGAAAAAAGAGGAAGCUUUUCAGGAAAUGACAAGAUUCAGUAAUCUGAUACAUAGACUUGAUGAGGAUGAAAUAGAUUUUUUGGCAACAUUGGAACAUGAGCAACGUGGUAAAGAAAAAGAAAAAAUGAAAAAAGUUGAACAAGAACUUGAAGAGUUUAGACGAGCUGCUGCCAAGGCUGAUGAAGAAGCGGCACCAAAACUUAUAAUUCAACCUGAAACGAUCUCAGCAGCACCAAUAAAAACUUCCGUAAAAAAAGAUGCACAACGAAUGAUUUUGGAGGGUGCUAUUAAAAUUCCUUCACGUAAGAGAUCACUAAAUAAUGAUGAUACUCAUUCAUCUAAUUCUAAUGAACAAUCAAAAGAUCAGAAACCAUCUUUGUUAGCAUAUAGUGACAAUAGCAGUAGUGAUGAGAAUACCAGUGAUGAUGAAUCAUAA